AGUCACUGUGUGUGUGUGUGUGUGUGUGUGUGUGUGUGUGUGUGUGUGUGCGAAACGAAAUGAGACCAAAAGUGAGGCCAAUAAAAAGGCGAUAAAAUUGACGCCAAUCCAAGCGGCGGAGGAGGAGCAGGGGGAGCGGGAGAGAGACGAUAAGCGUAUCCUGUCGGCACACAGUGCAUAAAACGGCGAUAUAUAUUCCGUGUUCGAGCAGCAGGAGUCCUGCCAGGAGUGUGUGUCCCGUGUUUAUAGCCGUUGCAGCCGCCUUCCGAUAGAUAGCCGACGACUAUUCCAAUGCCUUGGUGAUUAAUGGGCGAGGGCACAUGGCCGACGGGAUGCGCAUAACUCACUGGCCCCAAACGAGAUACUGCCGAUGGCUGGCCCUCGGAUUGGGCCUGGUGCUGGCCCUCGCCUGGACGGCAGCGGCAGCCGCAGCCAUGGAAUCGUCGGCAGAGCUGCAGGCUCUGGGCCUGGGCCGGGACCAUCAUCAUCAUCAGAGUGUGGCAAUUAAGCCGUCGCCAGGUGGCGAUGCCUCAAUUAGUGGCAGCCUCCAGUGGCAGCAACGUUCCUCUGGAGCCGGAGCACACACGGAACAGGAGCUGGAGAUGGAGAUGGAGCUGCCGUUGUUGGGGCCGCAGCAUCGCUCCAAUUGGAAGUACAAACGGACGAAAGUCAAGCGGCGGCAGCGCCUCAAUUCGCAGAGCAAUCUGCCGAGCAUCACGAACUCCUCGGCGCAGCCCUUCGCGCCGCCGGCCACCCGGCAGCGCUACCUGAAGGUCAACCAGGUGUUCGAGAGCGAGCGCCGCAUGUCCCAGGCGGAGAUCCAGCGCAAUCACGGUAAAAUCGUCCUGCUCGGCCUCUUCGAGCUCUCCACGAAGCGGGGCCCCCGCCCGGACGGCAUCUCCGAGCUGGGGGCCGCCACCAUGGCCGUGGAGCACAUCAACCGCAAGCGCCUCCUGCCCGGCUACACCCUCGAGCUGGUCACCAACGACACGCAGUGCGAUCCUGGCGUGGGCGUGGAUCGCUUCUUCCAUGCCAUCUACACACAGCCCUCGACGCGGAUGGUGAUGCUGCUCGGAUCCGCCUGCUCGGAGGUCACCGAAAGCCUGGCCAAGGUGGUGCCGUACUGGAAUAUUGUGCAGGUCUCGUUCGGCUCCACCUCGCCGGCGCUGAGCGACAGGCGGGAGUUCCCCUACUUCUAUCGCACCGUGGCCCCGGACUCCUCGCACAACCCGGCGCGCAUCGCCUUCAUCCGGCGCUUCGGCUGGGGCACGGUGACCACCUUCUCGCAGAACGAGGAGGUGCACUCGCUGGCGGUGAACAAUCUGGUGACGGAGCUGGAGGCAGCCAACAUUUCCUGUGCGGCCACCAUCACAUUCGCGGCCACGGACUUCAAGGAGCAGCUUUUACUCCUGAGGGAGACUGACACGCGCAUCAUUAUCGGCAGCUUCUCGCAGGAGCUGGCCCCACAGAUCCUCUGCGAGGCCUACAGGCUGCGCAUGUUCGGGGCGGACUACGCCUGGAUCCUGCACGAGAGCAUGGGGGCGCCGUGGUGGCCCGACCAGCGCACCGCCUGCACCAACCACGAGCUCCAGCUGGCCGUCGAGAACCUCAUUGUGGUCUCCACCCACAACAGCAUCGUGGGUAACAACGUCAGCUACAGCGGACUGAACAAUCACAUGUUUAACUCGCAGCUGCGCAAGCAAUUUGCACAGUUCCAUGGCCAGGAUGGGGCAUCCACAGCCGGUGGCAACCGCAAGCGUGCCGCACCGCAAUCGGAUUUGGAUGUGGAUCCGAGCAGCCGGCGCAGGCGUGCCACUGGGAGCCACCUCUUCCCGGAGGCCAUCUCGCAGUACGCGCCGCAGACGUACGACGCCGUGUGGGCCAUAGCCCUGGCCCUGCGCGCCUCCGAGGAGCACUGGCGCCGCAACGAGGCCCAGUCGAAGCUGGACGGAUUCGACUACACGCGCAGCGACAUGGCCUGGGAGUUCCUGCAGCAGAUGGGCAAGCUCCACUUCCUGGGCGUAUCCGGUCCCGUCUCGUUCAGCGGUCCGGAUCGUGUGGGCACCACGGCCUUCUACCAGAUCCAGCGGGGCCUGCUGGAGCCCAUUGCACUGUACUAUCCCGCCACCGAUGCCCUGGACUUCCGCUGCCCCCGCUGCCGACCCGUCAAGUGGCACAGCGGCCAGGUGCCCAUCGCCAAGCGGGUCUUCAAGCUGCGAGUGGCCACCAUCGCCCCGCUGGCCUUCUACACCAUCGCCACCCUCUCGAGCGUGGGCAUUGCCCUGGCCAUCGCCUUUCUCGCCUUCAAUCUGCACUUUCGGAAGCUCAAGGCAAUUAAACUUUCCAGCCCGAAGCUGAGCAACAUCACCGCAGUGGGCUGCAUCUUCGUGUAUGCCACCGUCAUCCUGCUGGGCCUCGACCACUCCACGCUGCCCUCGGCGGCAGACUCCUUUGCCGCAGUCUGCACGGUGAGUCCACCUUCUAUUCUCCCCCUCCUGCCACUCUUUUGUUUGACUUGCGAGGAUUCUCGUGGGUUGGCUGCUGCUUUCUCCCCCUGCCCCUCGCUUUCUCCGUCUCUCAUCAAAUAUGACUUUCAGUUUUCUGGCUGCCAACAACUUUCGUGAGUCGCGUUCUCAUGUGUUUGCUUUAUUUAUGUGUGGAUUGA